CGGUGCCAUGGGGACUUCUCUUCGUCCUGGCACUGCUUCCUAUUACGAGAUACCAGACAGGGUAGCCACGGCGAGAAAGCCAACGCUUUCUUGUCUCGUCCUUUGGGACAUCCGUUAAAAUUGGAACGGUACAGAGAAGAUUAGCAUGGCCCCUAAAAAAAAAAAUCCAAUCUACUUUUUGGAAGUUGUCGGGUUUUGAGAACUCAGGGAAAAUGACAUUUGAAUGUUGGGAAGUGAGGGACCAGAAUACUCUGGGACCUCUGUCCCAGCUGGAGGACGUGUCCCAUCCUUCGUUAUCUGCUAACCUUGCACAGACGAGAGUCUGGGAAAGCUGUGAUGAUGAUGGCCAGUGGUCUUGUCAGGUGUUUGCCCAGGGAACGCCCAUCUUGAACCUGCGUCUCGACCCGAAGAUGUGGGGGUGGAAGGCCCUAAAUCAGGGAGGGGAUGAUCGCCCUUUAUAUCAGUACACAGAAGCUCAAGGCUACCAGGCAGGCGAAGGCACUCGCUCCCCGUUGGAUGUGGCCACUGCAAGAUGGCUACAGGUGCUGGACUGUGAUGAGGAAUUUAUUCGGAGGGCCCUCAAAAAAUGUUGGACUCAGCUGGAUAUAGCCCCAAAUCCUGGGCUGGCUGCUAACUUGUGGUUGGUCCAAAGAGGCCUGAGGAUAGAUAUGACAUGUUGUCGCUGUAAAUGGGCUUUUGAAUCUACGUCUCAUUUAUGGCACUGGCUGUUACGGCUGGCACCUGCGGCAGUGUUCCUUAGAAAGCUCGCACGCACGCUCCGCACAGAAGAGAGUCAGGGAAGGAGGGAGAGAGACAGGAGAGGCAAAAGAGUGGGAAGCGUGGUGGCCAUGGCCAGGAGGGGAGGAGGAAGCAUGUCUGGGCUCAGGAUGUUACAGAGCUGCUGCGGCGCCCUGGUGGCAGCAGCGAUGGUGUUUGCACUGCUGCUCGGCUAUGGCGGACGAGCGGCAGCUUCUGCUGCUGCUCCUUCAACUACUGUAAGCCAUCUUCGAGGGGGAAGUUCAUCGACGAAGUCGAUAGCCGAGCAGGGGCUGCGGACGGCCAUGGAAGAGUCGCUGAAGCGUCCGGCCACGCUAGUGCUGCGGGAGGACAUCGUGCUGAGCGAGCCCCUCAGUCAGUUCUGGGGCAAUCUGACGGUCAGGGGAGCGUGCGCAGGGCGCAAGUGCGCCAUCGACGGGGGGCGGAGGUUCUCCAUCUUCGACGGGCUGAACAGCGCGCCCGAGUGCGCGCUGGUGCUGGACAACCUGGUUCUGCGGAACGCCAAGGGAAGCGCCGUGACGGGGAAGUGCGACCUCAAGGCGACGAGGUGCGCCUUCCGCAACAACACGGGCGGCUUGGGUGCGGCGGUGAGCCUGUGGCUUGGCCCUGCCAAGUGGGAUAUCCAGGACUGCGUGUUCGAGGACAACGUCUGCUUGAGUCAGGGGGACCAGAGCGGCGGCGGUGCCAUCUUCGCCUGCUCCAACGGCCAGGGAAGAGUGGCGCGCUCCGUCUUCCGGCGGAACCGCGCACCCAACGGCUACGGCGGCGCCAUUUGCAUCAACGGGCGAGGGGCGGUCCGCGGCCAGGACUCGUACGUCUUCGAUCGCGUGACCUUCGAUUCCAACAGCGCCAAGCACGACGGAGGGGCCUUCUACAUGAUGUCCUACUUCGAGAAUCCGACCUGGAAGGUCUUCUUCCGGGACAGCACGUUCAAGAWGAACUCCGUCUCGUCCGGCUAUGGCGGCGCCCUGGCGCUGUACGGCGUUAUGGAUGUGCGGCUCUGCCGAAGCGCACUCGCCGGAGGAGGAAACAGUGCUCCGCGAGGGAGAGGCGGCGACAUCGCCGUCGUCAGCCCGGAUUUCCGACCCUCCGUCGACUUUCAAUUCUGCCCCUCCAAGCCGAGGAACCUCUCCCUGUAUGUCCCCAAGAUCCUGGCCUCCGUGGUGUCCCUGCGCGAAGUCGGGGACAGCGGCAACGGUAACGAAGAGUGGCAGUCGGGGACAGCGGCAACGGUAACGAAGAGUGGCGGACGGGGUCCGUGGAGGGCCCGAGAUGACCCGGCCCCUCGUGCGUGCCGGUGGGAAACGGACAGGCCUCCAACGGGCAGCCGUUUCGAAAUUCGUCGGGCUGUACAUCCGUCGCCGAGAGCAGAGGUCCGCAAUGUAAACCGGCGGAGGGCGUCAUCAGCCAUCACUUGCCGUCUGCUGUUUGUCGCCCUCAGGUUGGCCGUUACGCUGCGGUUGUCUUACAUGGCCGACGUGUUCCGCAAGCUGCUGCUGCUCCUCGUCGUGAUUCUGCUUGUCGUUGUCGUCUUUUUUCAGGUGUGCAUAUUGGGGAGGUUCCCUUCACGUACUCGCAGGAAAGGAGGGGCGAGGAAGAGCGUGGCCAUGGACGGGAGGCGGACGACCCUGAGGACGUCGUCCGCCUCUUAUCCCGGCGACCGGGCUCCGAUCUGUGCCGGUGUAGACAGAAGGGCGGCAGGUCCGUCACCGUACGAAGGACUGCCGCCUCACUUGCAACCGCUGCCCGAUUCGGAUGAGGGGGAGGCGGAGGUGGACUUGUCGACGACAGUUCCGCUGGGUAGCGGGUCUACCCAGGAGUGGACGGGUAGCCAGUUGUAUGAUCGCCGCGGGGCGAAGUACGGGCAGUCGUUCACUUCCCUCCUUCACGACGGCGCRRAGGAGGAGGAWUGCCUCCCCCCUGUCGAUCUCACAUUUKGYCUCYGGAGCGGGAGCCCGYCUUCUSUCACGCGCACUGUGCUCGUGAACCCUCAUCCCGACGACGACGCGGGGCAGGUCACAUUCGGCGGCAGGGGCACGAGGGGCGGAGCGGCGGCAGAGGUGACGUCGGGGAAGACGACGGCAUGGCCUCGAACGCAGGCGACUUCUGGCCCAUCAGUUCUACGCACUGUCGGGCAACAUCCUGAGUGGAUGACCCUCAGUCCUCCGUUGUCCGGGGGGUGCGACGGCGUUCGUCGUCCCGUAGAUCGGGCUGUGACUCACGAAGACUUCCCUUCCGAGGGCGCGCAUGGAGAUGGCAGGCGGGUGUGGAAGGAGGCGAGGCAGGAGUUGCGGUGGCAGCAAGACGAGUCCAUAACGCAAGGUGUGGAGCGUUUACGCGUGGGCGAGCGGAGUGGGCAAGCGGACGUGGCCGUGGGGGGGGGUGACACAUGGACAAAUGCUGGCGAAGUUCAGUGCGACGUGGACGACGACGACAGCGACGACGUGUUCCCGUUGUGUGCGCCGAACAUGGGUGGGAGGGGCGGCAGGGGCAGCACUUCGACUAGAGCGGUCAGUGUCGAUAGGCCGGCAGAUAAAUGCGGGAAAAAAUGGGACAAUCUCAUGCAGCAGUUCAAGAAGGUCCACGCUUUCAUGGACAUGUCGGGGAAGAAGGACUUCUUCCAGUUGACGAGUCAGCAGAGGGUAGAGAAAGGAUUCAGCUUCAACAUGGAUCGAGCCGUGUUCGAGGAGAUCAAAGGGGCGAGGGAGAGGAGCCACACUAUCAGCCCGACCAAUGUUGCAGACACUGGCGGGGCAGGGGGKGUGCAACUCCCAUCUGCACAGCCGGCGACUCCGGAAUCUGUGGGGGAUGGGGAAGUCGCCGGUGAUGGAAACGACGAAGACGACAACUCAGCACGGGGUGGCUCACAAACGAGUGGUGGCCCGACCGGGUUCGGGAAGAGGAAGAAUGUGCGGCAGCAGACAUUCGAGGCGUUGUCGAAAAGCAUGGACAAGCAUGGGGCGUUAUUGGCGUCGACGAUGGAGAGCGCCAGAAAGAGGCAGUGCGAGACGAUGGAGAGCGCGGACAAGAGGCAAUGCUCCAUCCAGAUUCGGCAGUGCGAAGCUAUCGAAGCGGAGGUGGAGAUCCAGAAACAACACUGUGCUGCCUCCACUGAAGUUAGCAAGCUUAUGUGCCAGGCGCUGCUGGAAAUAGCGAAGGCUAAACGAGAACGGCCCACGCGGAAAGAGUGGAUCACGGAGGCCAGCAAUGAGGACAACGACGUUUUCAAAUCGGAGGCGGACACGUUUCAUCGCGUCAAAGGGAGCUUGCGCGAACGAACCACCGCGCGAAUGAUCAGCAGAGAUAAAGGCAGUAAAGGCGGCAACGAAGGGGGGCUUGGGGUUAGGCGUGGCGACAACAACAUAGGGGGCGACGUGGCAGCCGAUGCUGGUGGUAGGGACCAUCGGGGCCGCCAAGUGACCCCGACGAUGCGCAACCCCGUGCAAGCAAGGGACGUCACCGCGCCACGUGACAUUGGCAGAUAGCAGCAGGAUAGGCCGCGAGCUGCGGGAUAGGCGAGAAGGGAGGAGGGGGCGGCGGUGACUGCAGCAAGAAGGCCCCAGCCCCCCGCGCCCAUCGGGACGAAGGAUGUCGCGCGGGCGUGAGUUUUUUUAAAGCUCCUUCUUAUGGUUUGAUUCUUAAAUACGAUCUACAGUACUGGUCAUUAGGCUUACCUCAAUUGCAAUUACUUGGGUGAUUUUCUAAAUGAUAAAUUCAAUUUAGAGGA